CACCAAAUUUAUACGUGGAUAGCGUUUUUCGUAGUUCCUUCUCAGUUUCCUUGGAAAUUGCUCAAGAUCAUAACUUAGAUAAAAUGUAGGCUCUCUAAUGACAACAGACUGCGGCUAUGAGUUGGUUUGAUCCGUCGAGCUUCUCAUCUUUCGCUAAAACAGCUUUGAGUCAAGCACAAAAUCUCCAAAAAUCCAUCGACAAGGUUUUGGAUAUCCAGGAAAAACCUAGUGGAACUGCGUCUAAUUCUUCAGCUUCAAGUCAACAGAAAUCUGCCACAGUAACUGUGUCAGGUGAUUCUGCAGAGGAAACUUUAACCACAAGAAAAUCCUCCACCUCAUUAUCUACCAAUUCAGCCUCAAAAUCAAGCAGAAAAACUUCUUUAGGUGUGAACAAUAAAAAAGACAGUGAUAGUGAAGGAAAUUCAUUUUGGUCAUCAUUCCUUGGUGAUUCAUUCACAAAUGCAGAAUCCAAAACAUCAAGUCGCAAAACUAGUGCAAGAAAACUUGGGUCUAGAGUAAGUGGGAACAGAAUUGGAGGAAGUGAUAACAGAAAUGAAUCUGACAGUACCACUACCUCAAAUGGACAAGAGAAUAUCUCAUCAGUGAGGUUACAGAAACAACAAGAUAAAAAACAUGGUAUCAAUCAGACAGAUACUACAAAACCAGAUGAGCAUUUAGUAGCAUCAUCACAUGCAUUGUUGUUGCAACAGCAGAGCACAACAAAUGAUAGUAAAGAACUAUCUUUAAAUCAAGAUAAAAAUGAAGCAGAUUCUGUUAAUUUGUAUGCAUUAGAGACUGCUAGUCCUCAAAAGGUAGACUACAACACACAAGAGGUAGCUGUUGCACCUGCUGAAAGUGAGACCAAUGCAAAAUCAGGAAGAUUAAAACUCUCUCCUUCUGGUAAGUCUCGCAAAGGAAAGGAAAAACCUCUUUCACCAGAGACUGAUGUAUGCAAGAGUCAUGGCAAUGCCUCUUUGAAAGAUGUUUCGGCUGUUAAAAAGAGUGAACUGUUCAAGGAAGAAAGAUCAAAUGCUGGUUACAAAGAACCACAAGCGUUAUUGGAAUUAGAAGCCCAAAGUCCUAAUACAGAUCCUGUGUGUUCCACACAAAAUGAGAAAUCAGAAGAAUCACACAAGACAGCUCAGAACACACUAGAUGCUUCUCCAGCCAGCAAUCUCAGCACACAAGUUGUUGUGAAGGGAUUUGCCUAUGCAGUUACCAAGUCAGUAAGUUCAGAUCAUGAUGAAUCAUCUGUUGUAGAGCCAGUGGACAAUGCUGUCAUCACUGACACAGCUGGACAUGGAAUUCAACAAGAACCUUCUGAACAGAUUAAAGUUUUUGACAUUAAACCUCUAGCCAGCUCAACGCCAAAUUGCCAUGUAAAGGAACAAUCUGUUUCACUGGACAAAACAGAAAAAACUGAUUUAGCACCUCCACAGCCUGCUGAUGAUAAUUUAAAUCAGAGUGAAGACUCAUUAGCUGAUGUAGUUUAUGAAUCAGAAUCUCCAGUCUCAAAUAUUGAGGACAAUAAAACCAUGUCAGAGAAUGUAGCAGAAAUGUUUGUAGAAGCAGCAUCAAUUGCAGAAAACAAAGAAUCUGCACAUAACAUACCAAAACAGGAAAUUGAAGAGAUAUCUUCUGCAGAACCUACUGUUGGAAAUACUGACCAAGUAUCAUUUCGACAACCAAGUACAAACAGUGGAACUUCUAUAAUUCCAACAGAAACUACAGAGGAAAAGGAGAAUAACUUAAUGGAGAAUCAGGCUAAUUCAAUUUCUACAGAACAUUCGGAAGACUUGAAGAGACAGAUAGAAGAACUGAAAAAUGAAGUUGCAAAUCUCAAACAUGUCAUUCAAGUUCGUGAGAGUAAGUUAGUUGAAGUUAGUAAAGAAAAUGUAGACCUGGAAGAGACAAGUGCUAUCCUGAGAAGUCAACUAAAGCAAGCAGAAGCUGCACUGAAAGCAGAAGAUGAAGAAAUAGAGGAAGUCAGACAAGAAUUUACUGUUCGAGUUACAGCUACAGAAAAGAAAUACCAAGCUGCAGCAAAGGAGAGGGAUCAGUUGAGGAAGCUUUUAGAAGAAACUGAACAAUCUCUCAGCUCAAAGAAUGAUAGACAAUCUGAAGAGUUUACAACAUUGCUCAAGGAAAAAGAUGAUCAAAUAGCUCAGUUAUUAGAGGAAGGUGAAAAGUUGUCCAAGCAACAGCUUCAAAGCAAUAACAUUGUGAAGAAACUGAGAAAUAAAGAGAAAGAGAAUGAUGCUCUGAUAAAGAAAAACAGAAUUGGAACCGGCUGUCUUUCUCAGGAAGCAGCUCUCAGCGCUGAGAUGACUGCCAAGGAAGGGCUGCGGAUUGCAAUGGAAAAGAAAGAAAGACAAUUUAAGAACGAAAUAGAAGCACUGGAAUUCCAGAUCAGUGACCUACAGACUGGUUUGCGUCGAGGUGAACAGCAGGCCAGCAGAAGAGAAGAUAACCUUCGACAGGAAAUCAGUGAUCUGCAGCAGAGAUUGCAAGAAGCAGAAGCUCGGAACCAGGAACUCACGGAGAGUGUUACAUUUGCUACGAGACCUUUGUUAAGACAGAUUGAAAACCUGCAGAGUAGCUAUGGAAACCACACUCAGACUUGGGAAAGAGUAGAGAGGAACCUAACGGAGAGGCUUAAUGAGGCACAGAUUCAACUGGUCGAAGCUCAGGAGAAAGAGCGUGUAGCCACUGAGCAUGCGCUAGAGUUGAACUCUCGCGUGACAGCCGUGGAGUCACAGUUGGCGACAUACCGACAGGACAAGUCACGACUGGAGGCUACUCUAGAGGUUGAACGAGCAAGGCUAGAAGCUGUAGAGGAAGCAAGAAGCAGGGAAGCCGCUAGGAGCGAGACUUUAGAGGUCAAAUACAGAAAAAUGAUGGAGGACAACAAUGUGGAAAAGGCCUUACUAGAACAACAACUAGCUGUAGAGAGAGGCAAGAUGGAAACAGAGAAGAAAAAGUUUCAACAUGCCAUGGACGAAAAGGAGAGAAUGUUAAUUCGUCAAUCAAGUGUUUCUGGAGCGCCUCCCUCACCUUCUGCUACAGAGGAAUAUUCACAGGUUGAAGUGCCCGAGGCCUCCCCUCACAGGAUACUUGGUCGACAGAGUAGCGGGACUAGUGUUAUUGAUGGCAUCUCACGGGGAAUCAUGGGAGCAGGUACCGCUAUGAUCGAAAGACUGCAGGCUCAGGUCAAACAAAAGGAUGGCGAAAUUCUGCUGCUACAAGAAGAGAUUGCUUCGCUUCAGAAAACACGCGACGCUGUUACAGAAGAACUAACCGUCCUCACAUCAAAGCUAGAGAGUCUGGAGGAAGACAGUCGGGUUCUGGCUGAUCUUCAAACACGACACAAGGAGUUGGAACAGCGACAUAACGCCGUUCUCCAGAUGUACGGCGAAAAAGCCGAACAAGCUGAGGAGUUGAGAAUGGAUUUGGAGGAUGUUAAAUCCAUGUAUAAAUCACAGAUUCAAGAAUUACUUGGAGCUUCAAGAUAACAUUUGAUUGAAAUACAGCAUUUAGUGUGACAACUCCAUUCUGCCACAGACAAUGAACCACGAAACCGCCUACUUAACAGUAGGGGCAGUUGAAUAUACCUCGGGGGAAGGAGGGUGGGUGGAGGGGGGGGGGGGGGGGUACAUAAAAGUGACAGGUGAGAGCGUUAAGAAACGUCAACAUCGAUAAACCCUUUGAACAUACCAGAUCCUAAUUUUAUGUGCGGACUCGAAUUUAUAUCCACCCCUCUCAAGAGGUACCACUUAGAAAACACAACAUUAACUUAUCUUUAGUUUAAGUUUUUAAUGGGAUAAAAGGACGGUUUUUCUCUGACAAGUAGCUCCUGUUAAAUUGUUCGGCUAAAUAACCUUGAAGGUUGGUGAUACUUGUAGAUUCGAACACCUCAAGCUGUACCAAACCGCAAAUAUUAGGGCGGUGGCAUCUGACAUAAUUAUUAUGGUCAGAGUACGUCAGUGAUCAACCUAGCGUCAAUCUGCAUUCUUCUUUGGUUUGUACUCAUCUUGUUAAUAAUCACCUCAAGUGCAUUGGAAAAUAGGUAUAUUUAUUAGCGAACAGGAGCGGUGAUCUGAAAUGCUCUCUGGAAGGCUUAAGAGAGAAUUUUAAUGGGUUUAAAUUAAGUAAAUUAAGCAGUUGUAGGGAACACGGAAAUCCUGGGCAUAGUUUAUAUAAUUGAGACCCUCUCGAUAACUGAGAUAAUAUCCCAGAUUGUUCUCUACACAUAGUUUUGUCUUAAUCUUUGUAGUCUUGUACUUACGUGAGAAAUGUGUUGUCUAGAAAAGCAUGUUACUUUGCCAUCCUUCCUACAGACAUCCUUUUAAAUAUGUCAGGCAGAUUUUGCGUUUUAAUAUUUACUACGGUUAUGUAUAAAAGCUUUAUGCCAUAAUGGUUUUAACAGUGCCAUCGAUAUUUUGUAUUAGAUGACCAUUUUAAUGGAACGUCCAAGAAAUCAUAUUACUCAUAACGUCCAUUAAAGGAGCUACGUCACGGUUUGCGCAGCUUGAAAGGUUAAGCCUAAAUUUUUCAAUUUCGUUGUUUGUAAU